AUGCAACAAACGCCUCCCGAUGAAGCGAUCGUCACUGAUUUCCUCGACUCGCUUCCUCCGCGGGACCAUGGUCCCGACCUUUCGGUUCUCAGCGACGAAUUAACAGCAGCUGAGGUGCUAACAUCUAUUCGUCGCUGCAAACGGGGUAAGGCGUGGGGACCGGAUUCGCUUAAUAACGACUGGUACCGCGACAAUGAGGCCUACCUUGUACCUCUACUGACAAGGGUAUUUAACGUGUGCGCACUUGGCGGCAUCUUGCCGGGCACGUUCGGUCAAGCUGUAGUGGCGUGCAUAAAGAAGUCGAGGAGUGCGGCAUCACCACUUGACUAUCGACCGAUAUCUCUGUUAAACUCGGACUACAAAGUCUUCACACGGAUUUACGCGUCCCGCCUCAGACCGCUGCUACCAACUCUAGUAAAUCCUCUCCAAACUGGUUUUGUACCUCGAAGAGAGAUGGCGACGGUACUUGAUAUCUUCGCUGCUGCUAAAUUGUGUGCAUGUAAUGAUCCCGAAUUGCACCGCUCGCUCAUGUUGCUGUUGGAUUUCUCAAAGGCGUAUGAUUCGCUUUCACGCAAUUUUCUUCUCGCCGUGAUGAGCCGACUCGGCUUCCCGGCAUCGUUUGUUCAUCUCACCUCGGCUCUUCACACGGGUACAAGAAGCCAAUUCAUCGUAAACGGCUACAUGUCCGAUCCUCUUGAUGUCGGGUGUGGUAUACGCCAGGGUUGCCCGCUGGCACCCUUGCUUUUUAUCAUUGCGGUGGAACCUCUUUACGAGAUACUACAUAGCACGGUGAAGGGUGUUCGGAUCGCAAACACGUCGGAGACACUGGAGAUCAAGGUAUGCGGGUACGCGGAUGAUACUGCUGUGUACGUUCAGUCCCCGGAGGAAGUGUCUGUGGUCAUGCGGACUCUAAUGCGAUUUGGGGCGGCUUCUGGGCUGGUCAUUAAUGCUUCGAAGUCUGUGGCGGUUCCUCUGUGUGCCGGUGUGAGCAUUGACCCCACACUUUUGCAUGAUGCUAAGCUGUUACAGGCGGGCGAGAGGUGCAGGUAUCUUGGCGUUUUAAUUGGGGAUGGACGGACGGUUCGGGACAACUGGAGUGCAUGCCUAGUCUCACUCAAUGCUCGGCUUGUGCUAGCCAGACGAAAGACAAACACGGUCAGGAGCCGAGCUCUAUUAGCCUCGGCUUUAAUCAUUCCCAGGGUCACGUUUCUCGCGAGACACUCGUGGCCUACCCGUGAGGUUAUCGACUCGUUACAGCUUUUGGUUAAGCGUUUUGUUUGGGGAUCGCGACAAGGUGUGCCAUCUCGAGCGUGGAUGAGUGAAGCACAGGCCGGUUUACGUGUGUGUGAUGGGGGGAUUGCUAUCCCACAUGUAGCAACGGAGCUGCUUGCUAUGGCGGCCAAUGCGGUCGGUAAAUGGGCAUCUUUUUCGAAUGGGCCAGCUCGAGUCGCGGGUGACAUAUUGCUGGCAAGGAGAGCUGGAGUUGAUGUGUACCUUACUCCGGACAAGCCAUGCACAACCCCUAAGUGUUUUACUGUCUCCGACACCAUGUGGGCCAGCGGAGCAGCUGUGGUUCGUGGUGUGCAUAGCGUCCCUAUUGAUUUGUCUAAGGCUGGAUGUGUUGCAGCAACUGAGUCUCUCUUGCGUCGGCAUAUUUCAGCUGCCUACUGGGAGGGCGAUACGUUAACAUUUCGUAUCGAUACUGCCACGGUACAAGCCAUUGCAAGUAAAGCGGUCGGCGAGCAGUGCAUACGUGGAACUUUCUGCCACGAGUGGCUAGGUCGGGUGGGACUCGAUACGAGGCAAUGGUUGAUCACUGGACGGGGAGAGGACGUCAAUAUACCUCUCCUGCGGCGUGGAGAACAGUGGCAAACGCUUCGUGAUCUCCUGACUUGGAUAUGGCACGGGGAUGGAACCAUAAAGUUCGAGCUUCAGCGUUCACGGUCACCGGCAAUUCGGCGUGCGGUCUCGGUCCUGUGCAAGGCGAUUGUGUGCAAUUAUCCCACGCUUUUCCUUCAACCGCGCUCACCAUCGGUUUUGAGACCGAUUGAUGCUAGCUCGUCGUCGAAUCUUUCGUGA